UACAAGGCACCAGCUCUUCUAGAAGGCAUGCUGUGUUUAUUAGGUGCAUCUUGUGUCGCGUGUCUGCUAUAGACAUCUUCCUUCGGGUAAAAAUAAAUGAACUCUUCUCAUUUAAUGUGGAGGGAUGUAGUCGUGUUACACGUUAAAAGGACUUCCAGAGGACAACUUUUCGUUUAUUAUUUGUUUGUUUAGCUGCAGCAUGAGAGGAUGGAGUCGCAUUCGAAAAAUCACUUCAAACUGGUGGUCCCCAGUCCUGCUGAACUCCACGUUUACCCAGGCGAAGAUGUCACUCUCCCGUGUCGCCUGUCCAUCCAGACCAGCGCAACUGCAAUGGAGGUCAGGUGGCUGAAAAGGACAGACUGUGUUUACCUGUUCAAGGACGGGCAGGGGACGGAGGGGAAGAACUACGGGGGCCGGGUGGGCAUCCUGCCUGGGGACCUGCAGACGGGAGGUGUGUCACUGAGGUUGAGUCGGGUCAUGCACUCGGACAGUGGGCUGUACAGGUGCCAGGUCACUCACAGAGGGCACAAAGCUGAGGAGACACUGUGGCUGUACGUCAAAAAAAUCCAAGGGCCAAGAGGGAUGGACAGCCAGUCAAGUAGUACAAUGCUUCAGGACACCCAGCAGCUUCUGCAACAAACUGAACGGCUAGCGGAGGCCAAAGACGCCGAGUUGAACGAGAUGGUGAAUCGGCUUGUGGAGACAGAACGAGCCUUACUGGAGAGAAACGCUGACCUGAAGCACACCAGAGAACAGCUGUUGUCUAUGGAGAAAGACCUGAAGGAGAAAACUCAGACGCUGAACUUUUUGAGAGACCGGCUGCAAGAGAAAGACAGAGAGCUGAAGAACAGAGACAAGGAGCAGCAGCAACGGAUUUCAUCAAGAGAUCAUGACUUUUGCAAAGACCUGAGGCUCCCCAUCCAGAGACGUGACAGUUCAUCAAUAUUCCCCAAGCCAAACAUGUCAGAGGACCAGACCAGUGAAGGGGCCUCACAGACUCCUGGUGAUCCCAAGCCUGAGCUGAGGCUGGUGCUGCUGGGCAGGAAUGCUGCUGAGAAAAAGGCAGCACGAGACGCCAUACUGGGGAAGACUGCGGUCAGCAGUGAGACUAGUGGCAAGAGUGAGACUAGUGUGGGCAGCAGUGAGACUAGCUCCUCCACAGAGAACCAGAGCAGUGAGAGCAAAGAGAAGACCGUGGGUGAUAGACGUGCAAAUGUGGUGCUCACUCCAGACUGGUUCAGCCCUGAAGUUCAUCAGGGGAAACUAAGGGAGGAUGUUGUGCUGUGUAUGCAGCUUUCAGCUCCUGGACCACAUGCGUUCAUACUUGUUAUCCCUAUGGAACAUAUUGUUAUAGAAGCAAGAGGAAUAUUGGAAGAUGUUGAGAAGUUAUUUGCAGAGACGAUUUGGAAGCACACCCUGAUUCUUUUCACCUGUAGAGAAGAAAUAACUGAAGAGACCAUGGAGGAGAAGCUGACCACAGGAUGUCAGGAGUUCAUGAAAGUGGUUGAGAAAUGUGGACACAGGUGGCAUCUUCUGAAUGUAAGCAAGAAUGACAGCAGUGACCAGGUGGAAGGACUUCUAAGUAAAAUUGAUGAUUUGGUAGACCCCAAUGGGACGGAUAGUUUCUACAACAGUGAGACCUAUCUGGAGGCAGAGAAUCAGCUGAGAGAGAUGGAACGAAUGAUCCAGAAAGAACGAGAAGAAAGGAGGGAAAGGGAAGAGAGGGAGUGCAUGAAACAACACGAGGAGGAGUUGCAGGAGUGCGUCAGGGUAAUGGAGGUAAAGAUCCAGGAAAAAGACGAAAAGAUUGAGACUCUUGAAAUCAAGAUCGUUGAUCUGGAGAUAGAGCUGAAGGAGGAGCGGAAUGAAGAGCGACGGCAGGAGCUGGAGCGACAGCUGAAGGAGGAGUCUGAACAGAGGGCUGAAGCGGAGAAAGAAAGACAGCACCUGAGAGAGGAGAUGGAGAGAGAAAAGAGAGAGAAGGAGGAGACGCACAGGAAAGAGAUUGAAGAAAUUCAGGAGAACUACCAGAGGGAGGCCUUGGUUGAAGCCGAACGAAAUCUCAUGAAGAUUAUCCUGCCUGAACUCCAGCGAAACCUCAAGUUCUCGAAUGCAAAGAUGCACGGGGAGUUCAAUCGACAACUCCAGGGGAAAAACACUGAAAUUAGGAGACUGAAGCGGAUGCUGACCAUAGAGGAGAUGCUGCGGGUGGAGAGGGAGGAGGGGAGAGGAGCGAGGCACACUUUAUCAAAAGCCCUGGGUUGGGCCAGACAACAUUCAUCAGGAUGGCUGCUGCUGCUGAGUGACUUUGCACGAUGUCGCCUGUUGAAGUUUGCAGCAUCUGAUGUCCUCCUCUCCGUUUCUUUCUGGAACAGUGUGCUGCGGUCGGGCAGUGCAGGUUGCAGCUCAGACGGAUGUGUUGGCACCGUGGUGCGGAGACGUCGACCCAUGAGCAACUGGGCCGGGCUGCCACCACACAGUCUCACGGGCGCGUGCUUUGCACUUCACGACUCCUUGAUGGCCCUCGUGCAGUCUGUUCAGCACGUCGUUCCGCAUUGCUGCUGGAAUGACGAGGCGAGUGUCUUUCAGCAACAGUCCCUCUUCUACUGGCUGAUGCCUGACGUGGUGAUGACGUGCCCGAGGAACGCCACCUCACUCCUGGAGAGCUCGCACUUGUCUGCAUUCAAAGUCACCCCUGCUUCACUGGGCGCCGUGCUGCUGCUGCAUGCCAUUGUCUCUGCCUGGCGUGUGUUGGCGGGAACGUGCGCCGCCGCUGCUUUUCGGAUUGGCCCAUUGACAGACCACUUCAAACUGGUGGUCCCCAGUCCUGCUGAACUCCACGUCUACCCAGGCGAAGAUGUCACUCUCCCGUGUCGCCUGUCCGUCCAGACCAGCGCAACUCCAAUGGAGGUCAGGUGGCUGAAAAGGACAGACUGUGUCUACCUGUUCAAGGACGGGCAGGGGACGGAGGGGAAGAACUACGGGGGCCGGGUGGGCAUCUUGCCUGGGGACCUGCAGACGGGAGGUGUGUCACUGAGGUUGAGUCGGAUCAUGCACUCGGACAGUGGGCUGUACAGGUGUCAGGUCACUCACAGAGGCCACAAAGCUGAGGAGACACUGUGGCUGUACGUCAAAAAAAUCCAAGGGCCAAGAGGGAUGGACAGCCACCCAAGCAGCACAAUGCUUCAGGACACCCAGCAGCUUCUGCAGCAAACUGAACGGCUAGCGGAGGCCAAAGACGCCGAGUUGAACGAGAUGGUGAAUCGGCUUGAGGAGACAGAACAAGCCUUACUGGAGAGAAACGCUGACCUGAAGCACACCAGAGAACAGCUGUUGUCUAUGGAGAAAGACCUGAAGGAGAAAACUCAGACGCUGAACUUUUUGAGAGACCGGCUGCAAGAGAAAGACAGAGAGCUGAAGAACAGAGACAAGGAGCAGCAGCAACAGAUGUUAUCAAGAGAUCAUGACUUUUGCAAAGAACUGAGGCUCCCCAUCCAGAAACGUGACAGUUCAUCAAUAUUCAUCAAACCAAACAUGUCAGAGGACCAGACCAGUGAAGGGGCCUCACAGAUUCCUGCUGGUCCCAAGCCUGAGCUGAGGCUGGUGCUGCUGGGCAGGAAUGCUGCUGAGAAAAAGGCAGCACGAGACGCCAUACUGGGGAAGACAGUGGUCAGCAGCAGUGAGACUAGUGGCAGCAGAGAGACUACCGGCAGCAGUGAGACUAGCUCCUCCACAGAGAACCAGAGCAGUGAGAGCAAAGAGAAGACCGUGGGUGAUAGACGUGUGAAUGUGGUGCUCACUCCAGACUGGUUCAGCCCUGAAGUUCAUCAGGGGAAACUGAGGGAGGAUGUUGCGCUGUGUAUGCAGCUUUCAGCUCCUGGACCACAUGUGUUCAUACUUGUUAUCCCUGUGGAACAUAUUGUUAUAGAAGCAAGAGGAAUAUUGGAAGAUGUUGAAAAGUUAUUUGCAGAGACAAUUUGGAAGCACACCCUGAUUGUUUUCACCUGUAGAGAAGAAAUAACUGAGGAGACCGAGAUGCUGACCACAGGAUGUCAGGAGUUCAUGAAAGUGGUUGAGAAAUGUGGACACAGGUGGCAUCUUCUGAAUGUAUGCAAUAAUGACAGCAGUGACCAGGUGGAAGGACUUCUAAGAAAGAUUGAAGGUUUGGUAGACCACAAUGGGAAGGAUAGUUUCUACAACAGCGAGACCUAUCUGGAGGCAGAGAAUCAGCUGAGAGAGAUGGAACGAAUGAUCCAGAAAGAACGAGAAGAAAGGAGGGAAAGGGAAGAGAGGGAGCUUAUGAAACAACACGAGGAGGAGUUGCAGGAGUGCUUCAGAGUAAUGGAGGUAAAGAUACAGGAAAAAGACGAGAAGAUUGAGGCUCUUGAGAUCAAGAUCGUUGAUCUGGAGAGAGAGCUGGAGGAGGAGCGGAAUGAGGAGCGACGGCAGGAUCUGAAGCGACAGCUGAAGGAGGAGUCUGAACAGAGGGCUGAAGCAGAGAAAGAAAGACAGCACCUGAGAGAGGAGAUGGAGAGAGAGAAGAGAGAGAAGGAGGAGACGCACAGGAUAGAGAUUGAAGAAAUUCAGGAGAACUACCAGAGGGAGGCCUUGGCUGAAGCCGAACGAAAUCUCAUGAAGAUCAUCCUGCCUGAACUCCAGCGAAACCUCAAGUUCUCGAAUGCAAAGAUGCACGGGGAGUUCAAUCGACAACUCCAGGGGAAAAACACUGAAAUUAGGAGACUGAAGCGAAUGCUGACCAUAGAGGAGAUGCUGCGGGUGGAGAGGGAGGAGGGGAGAGGAGCGAGGCACACUUUAUCAAAAGCCCUGGGUUGGGCCAGACAACAUUCAUCAGGAUGGCUGCUGCAAAAUACCAUAUAUCUUUAAGGAAAUGCCAGGUCUAUACAGUAUGGUACACAGUGUUUAGAUGUCUUUAUGGUUUUGAGAAAGAUCAUACAUGUUUCAUGUUUUCAUAAAAAGGAUAAUAUGCCUAUUAACAUCAAUAUUCCAUGUGAUUAUCACCGUUUUUGUGCCACUACAUAUGGUACACAUUGUUUAGAACUCAAUAAAUGGUUUAUGGUUUGAAGAAAGAUCAUACAUAAUAGGAUUGUGUUGUCAUAAAAAAAACAAUAAUAUGAACAUCAAUAUUCCAUGUGAUUGUCACCGUUUUUGAGCCACUGCGAUAAUUAUUUUCCAGAGGCUCACAGCAGAAUAUUAUAAAGAUGAAUGUCAUAAGUGAACAGCUGUGGCCUAGUGGUUAGGUGGUCUUAAAGGAACAUAUUUGCAGUAUUUCCCAUUAUUCAUGAAUGUGCAUAUCAUUUUCGUCUAUGUGUUUGCAUUGCCCCGUUUAACAGUAUAGCCAAAUUGAGCAUAGUACUGCAAGUCUAUGGAACAAAAUAAAACAUCAUCAAAUGUACUUAUAAACCACUUUAUGAUGAAUGUAAAAUUCACCUGAGUGUAGAACAGCAAUUUAAGUCCGUCCAGUGAUCACUUGUGGCUUGAUGCUAAAGUUAGCAGUUACUUCCUGCGAGUAUUCUAAAGUAUGCAAAUAAUUCUGAUCCAAUAAAUCUAAGUACUGAAAACACUGAGAAGGAAAUGAUAUGCACAUUCAUGAAUUCUGGGAAAUAGCCUACUGCAAAUAAGUGAAAACCAAAAAAGGUGGUUUGUUCCUUUAAGCUCAGAGGGUUGCAGGUCCAAUUCCCACCCUCACCUCUCCCUAUACCUCUUUCCAUGGCUGAAGUGGCCUUGAGCAAGGCACCCUACCCCACAUUGCUCCAGCCAGGGACUGUAACAAUUACCUGUAUAUAACUGUAAGUUGCUUUAGAUAAAAGCGUCAUCUAAGUCAGUGCUUCCCAACCUUUUCUGUCCUGCGUACCCCCUUAGCAACUUUUUCAUAUAAUGAGUACCCCCUCGCCCUCAUUCAGGCUCUGUUCCUCUAUCCCAAUGUGACUACACUCAACAUAUUUGUUAUUAUUACAUUUUUCCGCGUACCCCUUGAGGUGUGCUCUCGUACCCCUAGUGGUACACGUACCCCUGGUUGGGAAACACUGAUCUAAGUGUAGUAUAAUGUAAUAUGAUGUAAUGUAAUGUAAUAAACACUGGU